CGGACACUUUAGCGAACUUGACGCUGCGCUCGGUUCUCGGAUGGAUCCCGAAAAACCUCCUGAUCCCGGUUCUGUGGACAGAACAGAGGCGGUCCGACACCGCGAGCCGCCGGAAAUCGAUCUAAAAGCGGAAAUGGAACCGAGAAAAGACGGUUUACCUCCAGGAGUCCGAAAAGUCAUAGUUGGUGAAAAGGAGGCGCAGGAGUGGAGCUGUAGCCUGGACCAAGAGGACCCGGGCAUUAAAGAUGAGCAGGAGGAGGUCAGCAUCACCCAGUUUAUGUUCAGUCCCCUCCCUGUGAAGAGCGAGGAGGAGGAGGAGGAUGAAGAGAGACCUGAAUCCUCACAGCUUCCUCACAGCCAGACUGAGUCUGUGGGAGGAGCAGAACCUGAUCCAGAACCGCAGCCUGAGGGGAAAACUUCUGAGUCUUCUGGCACAGACGUCAGUGAUGCUGACCGUGAGCAGAGCUGUGAACCUGCAGCACCUCAGACAUCACGUGAUGAUGGUGAGAAACUGUUCAGCUGCUCCGUGUGUGGGAAACAAUUUGGUCACAGCAGAAAUCUGAACAGACACCUGAGAGCCCACACCGGAGAGAAGCCCAUCAGCUGCUGUCAGUGUGGGAAAAGGUUUGUGGACAGUGGAAACCUGCAGAGACACAUGGGGAUCCACACAGAAAAGAAACCGUUCAGCUGCUCUGAGUGUGGGCGAGGCUUUAAAGACAAGACGACGCUAACAAACCACCUGAGGACACACACAGGAGAGAAACCAUUCAGCUGCAAGUUCUGCAGUAAAACAUUCACACACAGCGGGAAUCUGAAACAGCACCUGUGCAUUCACACUGGAGAGAAACCCUACAGCUGCUGGAGGUGCAGUAGAACAUUCGGCCGCAGUGCCGACCUUAACUCUCACAUGUUGAUCCACACGAGAGAAAAAGCUUUCAGCUGCUCCGAGUGUGGGAGAAGAUUUACUCACAGACGGAGUCUAAAACAGCAUCUGAAGAGUCACGCCGGAGAGAAACCCUCCAGCAGGAAAAGAUCUGGUAACAGUGCAGACGUGAAAAAGCACCUGAGGACUCGUGUGAGAAACUCUGCCACAGAAAAUUCAUUUAGAAACAUCCCAGAAAAGAACAUCAGCUGCUCAGCAGAUUAAAUAGUGACAUCGGUUUAAGGGUGUGGGUUCGAAACCACCUGCUCUGUACAUCACUCCCCGUGUCCAUGUGACCGCCACACUGACUUAGGAUCCGCCUCCCUCACUCAUCUCCUAACAACAACAAUAAAUCAUGUCAUUCUUUUUCAUCCUGAGUUAUAAUUAAACUCCACAUGAGAAAAAGCAGACUCAGGUUUAUCUACCUGUAACUUUGUUACAUUAAAACAUUUUGUUUUUGUUUUGCUACCAGCUCAGGUGAUCAGCAGGUGUUGGCAUGUUGAUGCAGUAUUGCAUCACUUCCUGUUCCUGUUGUUCUGCUGCCAGCUGUAAAGUACACGUGCUGUAUCAAAGCUUCAUCUGCUGCAGGUGUAAGUGCAGCUUUUUCAGGGCCAGGCUUUGGGAUUAGCUUAAAUGCUAGUAGCAUAGUCGUGUCCUAUGGUUCUCCAGCUCUGUGUCGAAUGCUUAGUUAGUCCUCAGUCUCAUUUAAUAAUAAAGGUACUUGUAAUGAAUGUAGGCUGUUUGUAGCUUUGGGGGCCUGGCUCAGUGGCGUGGCUAAAUGCUGAUGAAAUCAGGCGGGCGGGGUGACUGUGAGGAGUCUGAAGCAGAGGCCUUCAGCACCCCACCAACCUGUUCACAUUUCAAAUCGAUGUUCCCCAUGUGGUGACACCCACAGAGGAAAAACCUGUUACUGGUGUCUCCACAUGUGCGAGGCUAGAGACUCCAGUGACCAUAGUUAGCUGCUGUUAGCAGAAUGCUAACCUAUUAGCCACAUGCAGCAGAGACAGUUUGCUGUUGUGGUAAAUAACAAAAUAAACUUAUUUGAAUAUGACAGGAACCUGAGAUCACCUGUUCUUCUCCAGCUUUGGGGAUGCUCAAAAGUUCUUUUACAUUUGAAAUAAUAUUUUGGAACCACCUUUUUAAUAACUAGAUUUACCAACUAAUGCAUGUUUUAGUAUUUUAUUUUUCAUGUCUGAGUAAUUUUUACCCCCAGAAACAGGUUUGUUGUCUCUUAAUAUUUCCUUACAGGCUGGGUCAGUAUUCUCUGUAAGCACCGAUCAGAUAAUCUCUUGUGUCCUCAUCAUCAGAAACAUUUAACCGCUCUGUGACGCUCUGCUUUCUAGUUUAGUUUCUGCAACUCUGAUUCCAAAAAAUGUAAAAUGAGAAAGUCAUGAUUGGAAAAUCAUUUAAACCCUGUAUUUAAUUGAAAAUAACAGAAAAGAAAACAGAUUUUAUGCAUAUUUAAAAUCUGUGCUCAUUGUGAAUUUGAUGCCAGCAGCGUAUUUGUGGAUAGUUGGGAAUGAGACGUCUUUAACACCAAGUGUUUCUCUGUUCUUGGUGGCUGUUGGACUUCAGCACUUCCAGGUGUUUUUUUGUUCCAUGAUUGCCAAAUGUUUUCAGCAGGUGACUGUUCAGCAUUCCCGGGACGUCUUUUCCUAAUCUGGCUUCCUUCACUCUAACAGCCAGGCUGAGAUAUCCUGGGAUCUGACAGGCUAGCUGAGGCAGAGUUUGCAGCAUCUGACCAAUCAGAAACAGACAAGUCUGCUGGCAGCAGAGCAGCUGGUAAUGUUCUGAGACUAAAGAAUAUAAAACAGAAUUCAGGUUAUCAGUAAGUAGUAAGUAGGUACUGUUUGAGGCUUAUUUAUUUAGGCUUAUAGAACGAUAAAAUAAUUUUACUAUUACAGCCAACAGGACAAAAAGCAGCAAUGAGAUUGUAUCUAAGGAUCUGUUUCCUGCUGGUAAAAUCUUAAGAUUCUCUUACUUUUGAGGUCCAGUGGCUCUUCCAGGAAUGAUGAUGCUAUUUUCCAGAGAGCUGAUUGGUCAGUAGUCAGUGAUUUCAUACCCGUUAACCUGUGCUUUGCUGUGAUUGG